AUGACUGGCCAGGUUCCCUGCUCAGGUUGGCUCCUUCUGCUCCUGCAGCUCGGUCAAGGGAGAGCCAAGCCGCGGGCUGAGAUCCAGAGCUUAUCAACAUUGUUGGAGGAAGACCUGGAGCUCCCCAUGGGUGCAGAGGUGAUGGACCCAGGGCAGGAGGAGUCCCUGAUGACUGGAGCCCUGGACCAGCCAGACGUGGCCUUCCCGUGGUCCAGGAGCCAGGAGGAGCACCCGCUCGAUUUCCAGCAGCUUUUGACAGAGCUGCUCAGCUCCACCAGGAGCCAUCAGUCCAGGAGCAAAAAGGGGCCCUCACGAAGCUGCUUCGGGGUCAAGCUGGACCCUAUCGGAGCCUUCAGCGGGAUGGGGUGCUGA